AUGAAUACACGUCAACAAGGCUGGGCAGUGUUCCUGAGUCAGUACUGGGACAAUAUGACGGUUAUCUACAAAGAAGGCCGUGAUAUGGUGGUCCCAGACGCAUUAUCAAGACUUUCUAUGAAGCUCCACAGCCAGAAGGAGCUCCAGCAGCCCGAAGAGAAAGCCUUUCUCGGAGUAGUGCUGUUAGGGCUCAACGAAGGAGAACUUGAGAGACUGCGCCAGGAGGUCAAGCAAGAAUUUCGCGACCUAUGCGAGAAGUUCCAGGAGAUGCCACUGCCUACUCCAAACCCUCAAAGGCUUCCAAACCGACCCUACGCCCUGUUCCAUCAAGAGAAUAGUUCGGAUCUCGUACGACUCGACGCGCAGGGAGCUGAACCGCGUUUUGUUAUCCCUCAUAGCUUUCGACACGCAAUGCUGCAAGCUGCGCAUGACGACCAGGUCCACGGAGGCUAUACGCGGCUACGCGAGGCGCUCGCAGGCGUAUGGUGGCCGAAAAAAUGA